ACGUAUUGCUGUAGCUAGCAAGGGCGGCUAAUAUGGUUGACGUGUAUUUAGGAGUUGUAUAGUGGUGACGUGUCUUUAAGGCGCUCCGCCGGCGCAUCAACACUCGGAGCACAGAUCCUCACCGAGCCUCACACCGAAUAACACCACCAUGGGGAUUAAGUUCUUGGAGGUCAUCAAGCCGUUCUGCGCGGUUUUACCCGAGAUCCAGAAACCAGAAAGAAAGAUCCAGUUCAGAGAAAAAGUGCUAUGGACAGCCAUCACCUUGUUCAUCUUUCUCGUCUGCUGCCAGAUCCCUCUCUUUGGGAUCAUGUCCUCAGACUCAGCAGAUCCCUUCUACUGGAUGAGAGUCAUUCUGGCUUCCAACAGGGGCACUCUGAUGGAGUUGGGAAUCUCCCCCAUCGUGACCUCGGGCCUCAUCAUGCAGCUGCUGGCUGGAGCUAAAAUCAUUGAGGUCGGAGACACACCCAAAGACCGAGCGCUGUUUAACGGAGCCCAGAAAUUGUUUGGGAUGAUCAUCACUAUUGGCCAGGCGAUAGUGUACGUGAUGACUGGCAUGUACGGAGACCCGUCAGAGAUGGGAGCCGGGAUCUGUCUCCUCAUCAUCAUUCAGCUGUUUGUGGCUGGUCUGAUCGUGCUGCUGCUGGACGAGCUGCUUCAGAAAGGAUACGGUUUGGGCUCAGGCAUCUCCCUCUUCAUCGCCACCAACAUCUGUGAGACCAUCGUAUGGAAAGCCUUCAGUCCAACGACGGUGAACACAGGCAGAGGCACUGAGUUUGAGGGCGCCAUCAUUGCUCUGUUCCACUUGUUGGCCACUCGGACUGAUAAAGUGCGCGCACUGAGAGAGGCCUUCUACAGGCAGAACCUGCCCAACCUCAUGAACCUCAUCGCUACUGUCUUCGUCUUCGCCGUGGUCAUAUACUUCCAGGGCUUCAGAGUGGAUCUGCCCAUCAAGUCUGCACGUUACCGUGGCCAAUACAACACUUAUCCCAUCAAGCUUUUCUACACAUCCAAUAUUCCCAUCAUCCUGCAGUCCGCGCUGGUGUCCAACCUCUACGUCAUCUCUCAGAUGCUCUCCACUCGCUUCAGCGGCAACUUCCUGGUUAACCUGCUGGGAACUUGGUCUGACACAUCAACCGGCGGUCCAGCUCGCGCGUAUCCUGUAGGAGGUCUGUGUUACUAUCUCUCUCCUCCGGAAUCGUUUGGCUCCGUGUUGGAGGAUCCGGUCCACGCCGUCAUCUACAUCGUCUUCAUGCUUGGCUCCUGUGCCUUCUUCUCCAAGACGUGGAUCGAAGUGUCAGGAUCGUCUGCCAAAGAUGUGGCUAAACAGCUUAAGGAGCAGCAGAUGGUGAUGAGAGGACACCGAGAGACGUCCAUGGUGCAUGAACUCAACAGGUACAUCCCCACAGCUGCUGCAUUCGGUGGCCUGUGCAUCGGCGGCCUCUCGGUCAUGGCCGAUUUCUUGGGAGCGAUCGGCUCAGGAACGGGGAUCUUACUGGCCGUCACUAUCAUCUACCAGUAUUUUGAGAUCUUCGUCAAGGAGCAGAGCGAAGUCGGCAGCAUGGGGGCGCUACUCUUCUAAACCACCUGCAACAUGGACACACGCGUACGCUGAGACACACCCUAAACAAACACUUUUAUUAUUUUUAUGAGUGGUAUUACUAUUAUUUUAUAUAUAUAUAUAUAUAUAUAUUUUUGUUUUGGCACAGUGAGUUGAAGUGGUCCAUUCUGAACAGCCAGGAUUGGCUUUGAGAUGCUGUUUGUUGGAGGGGAGAGAUAUUUAUGAAAAAAACUCUGGAGCGGUUAGUGAUGAGUAAAGCUAGACUCUGUGAGCUCUGAAGAUAGUUGGGUGGGUGGGUGGAUGGGUGGGUGAAGCCUUCUCUCGUUUCACCUUCCACCCCCUCUUUUUUUUUUUUUUUUUUUUUUUUUUUUUUUUUUUUUUCUUUCUCCUCUCCCCCGCUUGCUGCUCGACUGUAUGCAGUAUAGUGAUGGCAGUGCUCACUUCUCCGUCCUGCCCAGUCUUUCAUUUAAAAGGUGCAGUGUUGCGUGUUUUUAACGCCACAUUCUUUAUUCUUGGCUGCUGUCAGUAUGACGCCACGGGAAUACUCAGACUCGCAGGAUUGUUAGACUUUCGGUUGUGACGUCAAAUCCAACCAUAUACAUUUCAUAUAGAACUUUUUUUUUUAAGGUGGUGUUAUCCAGGCUGGAAGCUGUCUACAUAUAUAGUUAAAUCUUUUUUUUUUUUUUUUGUUUGGAAGUCUGUUUGACUCUGUGUCUGUGUCUGUAUAUAUGAUGAAAUGUGCCACCAUGUAACAAAAACUUUUUUUUUUUCUCCCAAUAUGUAAAAAGAAAUGGUAAAACAUCCGUCUUUUGGAAAGAGUGCUCAUUCUCAAUAAAAGCUCUUUUUGUGUAAA